UAAACUACGCAUUUUACGAUUCACUAUUCGAACCGCAAAACCCUACUUCCUAUCUAAAUAACAUAAUUAUACGAAUUACUGAAGACAAACUUUCUUUUUAAUCCGGCAAACCUGUUUCCAGUCACAAAAACAACCGAAAUAUAAGAAAACCGGAACUAAAAUAACCCGAUAGAUAUUAAUGUCCGAACCCCACAUUAAUCGCGGAAAAAUUGUGGGUACCGGUGAUGAUAGACCGUUACAAUAAACUCUUUCUUUCUCCAAGAUGUUACUUUAGACCUAAUUCAAGUUCAUAGUUCUCAUUUCCCGAAUUAAAUUCUAAUAAAAUGAAAUAAUAGCUUUAACUGUUAAACCGGUUAAUGCAAACAACUAAAUCGCAAGCCAACCUCAGAAUGAUCUUGAUCACGGCCAAGAACAGUGUUACUUCGCAAUAUAGGCGACAAAAUGAAAAAUAAUAUUUUAUUUUUAAUAUUUUUUUAUUUCUUACAUAAUAGUUCAAGUUCUGUAUAUAAUUAUGAAGAAUAUGUGACUGUUGAGGAAGAAGAGUAUGCGGUGCCAAGAGAAUGCAGAGGUUACUGUGACGAAAAUGGGUUUAGGGAGAAAAGGUCAGGAUCACAAGUCAAGAGUCAUGUCUUGGAAGCAAUGAUGAGCACCAAAGUGUUACCUUUGAAAAAGGAUGAACCUGAUAUAUUUGCAUUUUUUAGAGACCAGUACGAAUUGCCUAAAGGUUUCAAAGGACCUCUAUCGGAAUACGACUUCAUAAUCGUGGGAGCAGGAUCAGCUGGGAGCGUGUUGGCUUCUCGUCUCACGGAAGAUAAGAAGACUACUGUACUCCUGAUAGAAGCUGGUCGUGGAGAGUCAUUGAUAACGGACGUACCAAUUCUGGCACCGGUGCUCCAACAAACUAAUUAUGUUUGGCCUUACCUCAUGGAAUACCAGCCAGGAGUUUGCACAGGGAUGGUUGAUGGAAAGUGCUUCUGGCCGAGAGGUAAAGCGGUGGGUGGAACAAGCGUGGUCAACUACAUGAUCUACACCAGAGGUAUGCAGGAGGAUUGGGACAGGAUCGCAGCAGCCGGCAACUAUGGAUGGUCAUAUAACGAUGUUAUACCGUACUACAUAAAAUCAGAACGGGCAGAUCUGAAAGGACUUAGAAACUCGCCGUGGCAUGGACGAGACGGUGAACUCUCCGUGGAAGACAUCCCAUUCAGAUCUAAACUAUCUAAAGCCUUUCUGGACGCAGCGAAAUUAUACGGUCAUCGCAGAGUAGACUACAACAGCCCAGACGCAUUUGGAUUCAAUUAUAUUCAAGCAACGCUUACCAGAGGGCAGAGGGCCAGCAGUGCCAAAGCAUUUCUACAUAAGAACAAAAAGAGGAAGAAUCUACACAUCUUAGUAUCCAGCAGAGCAACUAAAGUUAUUAUAGAUCCCGUCAAUAAACAAGCGGUUGGUGUUGAAUUCCAUAAAAAUGGACGAGUGUACCAAAUCAGAGCCAACAAGGAAGUAAUACUGUCAGCAGGUCCUAUUGAAUCACCACAUUUACUAAUGCUUUCUGGCAUAGGACCAAGAAAACAACUGCAAUCUUUUGGAAUACCCGUAAUACAAGAUCUGAAAGUGGGUGAAUCACUAUAUGAUCACAUUUCCUUCCCGGCUUUAGCAUUUACUUUGAAUCAGACGAGAUUAACACUUGUCGAGAAGAAAAUUGCUACAAUACAGAAUACACUCCAGUACGAUCAAUAUGGUGAUGGUCCCAUGUCUUCUUUAGCCGGGGUCGAAACUAUUGGAUACAUAAAAACGAAUAUAUCUAAUGAAAUUGGCGACUAUCCAGACAUUGAAUUGUUAGGAUCCUGUGCAUCUUUAGCUUCUGAUGAAGGAACUAUUGUAGCCAAAGGUAUACGUAUGGCCGAUUGGCUUUACAAUGAUGUCUACAAACCAAUAGAAAACGUUGAAAGUUUUACUGUCCUAUUUAUGUUACUGCAUCCUAAAUCAAAAGGUUAUUUGAAGUUGCAAUCGGCAGAUCCUUACCAACAACCUGCUCUAUAUGGUAAUUACCUAACACAUCAACAAGACGUAGACACAAUGAUAGCUGCAAUAAGGUAUAUCAUCAAACUCGUGGAUACACCGCCAUUCAAGAAAUACGGAGCAACAUUGCACAAGAAGAAAUUCCCGAACUGUAAGCAACAUGAGUUUGGAAGCGAUAGUUAUUGGGAGUGCGCUGUAAGGACAGUGACUGCGACUUUGCAUCAUCAAAUAACGACGUGUAAGAUGGGUCCUCCUACGGAUCCUGAGGCGGUGGUAGACCCAGAACUGAGAGUGUACGGAGUCAGUAAUCUACGAGUCGUUGACAGCAGUAUUAUACCGAGGACGAUAGUUGCUCACACAAACGCACCAGCCAUUAUGAUUGGAGAAAAAGGUGCUGACAUGAUUAAGAGGACUUGGAAGUUAUUCUGAAUAAAAAAGAUUUAAAGUUUUUCGGGGACUGAAACUAGUUAAUACGGAGAUCCAUGCUCCAUAUGCAUCCAGGCAAAGCCACCGAUAGGAUAUGUAUGAAUUCAUUCACAAGAACGAAUUGAGAAAUAUCUUUAGGAUUUAGACAUAACCUGGUAUCGAGGUUAUUUAGAAUAAUUUAAAUAUGCUCUUAAGAAACGUAGGUAUUAUUUAUUAAAUAAAAACAAAAUUAAAUUAAAUAUGUGAAUUAUUUGACUUCUUUGUAUGUCUAGUCGUUGUAAGUGCUACUGUCAAAGACACCUCGCAAAGUUUCACAAUUUUACGUUUAAUAAUUAGAUAUGUAGUAGUAGUCUAAGCAGCAAACGUCGCAGGACAGGUUUUUAUAUACGGUGCUGUAGAUAAGGAAAACUCCGACAUAAAUGGAUUAUUAGCAGACAUCAUCAGGAAGAAACUAUGACAAGGAAAAUAUUGUAAUAAAUGAUUCAACUGAGACAAAUA